AUGUAUACCUUUGAUGGGCCUUCAGGCGUUUGUGAUGUUGACGUACGGCUGCAAAUGGGUCGGCAUUUACUGCCUUCUAGCAUAGAUGAGAGCGAGGCUACUUUACGACGAAGAGAAGAUGGUGAUAAAUCGCGUACCGGCAUAUUUGCCCAUUGGCCAUUUUUUGGUGGUUUUCGUAAUGUUUUGCGUGCUGUUCGUCCCAAUGUCCAUGUGGGCAGAAAAUCCGAUUAUCGCAGUGAGGCCGAUGAGAAUUAUGUGAACUAUCAUGGUGCCCAGAUGUGGAAAUUGAUAUUUGACAAAAAGAAAAUAAAAAAUGCCACAAGAACGGCGGAUGCCAUGAAAAUGUUUGUGGAAAACUUCGAUGACAGUUUGAUUAUUUUGCUACGCAAUCCUGCCGAUGCGAGUUCCUUAUUUUUCAAUAAUGAGGAUUUAUACGAUAAUACCGUGGAAAGUCUACAAUGGCUGGUAGGGCCAACGGAUAUACGACGCUACAAUAUCUUCUCACCCUCCUCGACGUAUCAGAUUAAUCGACGCUAUCGCAGUGAUCCUUCAGUGAAACGGUAUCCUGGUUAUCAAUUGUGGAAAGUGCAUGAACCAAAUAUGCAAAGCAAAGCUUUGAAUGAGUUUUGGAGUUUAUUUGGCAAUGAAGUCUGGAAUGUCAAUCAGGAUGGUGUGGAUAUUUUGAUUGAUUUCAAAAACACCGCCAAGGCCAAGGAGUACAUGACCACAAGUGAUUUUACCUACAACAUAAUGAUCGAUGAUCUUGAAGCGGCCAUAGAUGAAACCUACAUGGAGGUCAACAAUACCGAUGUUAAUAUGCCUUGGUUGGAUAUCGAAGGCAACACCAUGAAUUGGAAUCGUUAUCACGAUGUCAUGGAAAUCAAACAAUUUAUGCAAUACAUACUGGAAACCUACCCAGAACAGGCUGAAAUAGUACAAAUUGGGGUGACCAACAAUAAACGGCCACUGGAGGUUUUAAGAUUUUCCAACAACGACCCCGAGAAUUGGGCCAUUUUUAUUGAUGGUGGCAUGCAGGGCAGAGAUUGGUUGAGUACAGCGGCUGUUACUUUGGCCAUUUCAAAAUUGGUGCAUUUAUGGGAAACCGGCCCCUCGUAUAUGCGCAAUAUCGAUUGGUAUUUUCUGCCUGUGGCCAAUCCGGAUGGCUAUCAAUAUGCCAGAAUAACAGAUCGUCUGUGGACUAAGAAUCGUCAUUUUGAUACUCGGACAGGUUGUUUUGGUGUAAAUUUAGAUAGAAAUUUCGAAUAUAAAUGGGGAGGUUCGGGUUCCUCGGAUAAUCCUUGUAAAAAUUUAUACAAAGGCCCCAAGAAAUUCUCGGAGCCAGAGACAAGAGCUUUGAAAAAUUUCAUGUUGAAUAUGAAGGAUUAUUUGGGAGCCUACAUAUCAUUUAGUGGCUAUGGCCAGGACAUUUCCUACCCAUGGGGGGAUGCCGACUUUGUGACGGAUAAUCAAAAGGAAUUACAUGCCACAGGGCGCAAGGCUAUGGUGAAUUUCCGUCGUCUAAAUCAAGCCGAAUAUCGUGUGGGCUCCAGCUAUCGCCUGAAAUUGGCCCGAGCCGGCAACUCUGCCGAUUGGGUUCAGCAUCGCAUUAAUCCCCACUUUGUCUACAAUGUCUUUUUGAAAGAUCAAGGACGCUAUGGCUAUUUAAUGCCUCCGCACUACAUUGUUGAAUCUGGCGAAGAGGUCUAUGAAUUUAUGAGAACUAUAGCUUUAGCCCUCAAUAAGUUAGAAUAA